GAAAAGAGACCAAACAUCUGUCACCAUGGUGGAUGUGAAAUGUCUGAGGGACUAUGAAUUACAGAAUGAACUUGAUAAGCUUGGAUUUUCACCUGGUCCAAUACUACCUUCUACCAGGGAAGUGUAUGAGAAAAAGCUAGUGCAAUUGUUGGUCUCAGCUCCCUGUGCAUCACCUGCAAUGAAUGGACACAGAGAGCUGGACAGAGCUCAGGACCGUGAUGACAGUGAAGAGCUUGGUGCAACUAUCAUUUUGAAAGGAAAUAUCAUACUCUCAUCAGAAAAAGACAAGGGACCCAAAAAAAAACCUAAGGCUUCCACCACUAAACCCAAAGUCCCGGACGUCUACUGCCUGGACUAUGAGCAUUCUGAGGGAAUAAGGUGUGCCGCGAGAGCAUCCAACACCACAGGCCGAGAAUGGAGUAUCACCAAAGAGAAGGCCUACUGCACGGGGAACAGGAGUGCCGGGAGCAGGGACCUCGAAAGUUUUCCAGCGGCCUUGAAGCUCGCUGUGUUUGGCAUCUUCAUCAUCGUGGUGUUUGUCUACAUAACCGUGGAAAGGAAGACGCUCUUUGGUUGAGUGCUUUAGGAGUAGAGCAAUGAGCGCAAGCCUGA